UAAUUAAUAAUUAAAAUGAAAUUUGUUUUCUAAAUGAAUUAACACCAAAAAUACAGUUUUGCGCCACCUGGGUUUCAAGUUCCUGUGCUUAAUAGCUUCUAAAUGCAACCCUGUGCAGUUUUUUGUUUUGACAAUUGUGUGAGAAAAUUCUAGCAAUUUCAAUAAAACUGCCGCAUUGUGUAGCAAAUAUAUUUUUUCGUAUAUUUUAAAUUUUCAAAUCCUUUGGUUUAAAUAAACGUUAUUCUAAAAAUGGUGGACUACAGCAAGUGGAAAAAUAUUGAAAUUUCAGAUGAUGAAGACGACACUCAUCCAAAUAUUGAUACUCCCUCCCUGUUUCGCUGGCGGCAUCAAGCACGUGUCGAACGUAUGGCCGAAAUGGAAACCGAAAAGGAAGAGCUGAAGAAGAAAAAACAGUCAUACCAGGCACGCCUUAUUGACGUCAAAGAACGUAUCAAAAAUAAAAAAGGUGAUGAAGAAGAGUUAAAGAAACAAUUGGAGAAAAUCAAAAUAGAGGGAAAAGAGCUCGAUCGUCAAGAAGAUGAUUUUCAUAAGAAAGAAAGGAAAACUCCUUGGAAUGUUGAUACUAUAAGUAAGCCAGGUUUCGAAAAGACUGUUAUUAAUAAGAAAACACCAAGAAAAGCUGAUGAGGAGCUUACCGAAGAACAGCGACAGGAACGCAUGAGUAAAUUCGUCAAGGAAAAUGAAAAAUUAUGCAAACAGUAUGGUAUGUUGCGAAAGUACGAUGACUCGAAACGGUUUCUGCAGGAACAUACGAAUUUAGUUUGUGAUGAAACUGCUAAUUAUUUAGUUAUAUGGUCGAUUAAUUUAGAAAUGGAAGAAAAACAUGAAUUGAUGGCACAUGUUGCGCAUCAGUGUAUUUGUAUGCAGUAUAUAUUGGAAUUAGCUAAACAAUUGGAUGUGGAUCCACGUGGCUGUGUAAGCUCAUUCUUUUCAAAAAUACAAAAUUGUGUGCCGGAAUAUAAAAUUCAAUUUGAAAGCGAAAUUGAAGGAUUUAAACAGCGUAUUAAGAAACGAGCACAAGAGAAAAUACAGGAAGCUAUCGCAGAACAAGAAGAGGAGGACCGCCAAGCGCGUCUUGGACCAGGAGGUUUGGAUCCAGCCGAAGUUUUUGAAGAACUACCAGAUGAAUUAAAAGCUUGCUUUGAAUCGCGUGACAUUGAACUACUGCAAAAAACUAUUACUACUUUGCCUGUGGAGGUAGCAAAAUAUCAUAUGAAACGUUGUGUUGAUUCGGGCCUCUGGGUACCAAAUGCAGAUGAUCCAGUUUUAGAUACAGAUGAAAAUAAAAAAACUAAAGAGGAAACAAAAGAUAGUGAAGCCAGUACAUCUACAACUGAUUCUGCUAAAACAGAUAAAAAAGAGGAACCUAUUUACACUGGAGUUAGUACAGAUGAUGUGGAUUGAUAAUGUAAUAAAGAGAAAUAAUAUAUGGAAAGCACAUAAAAUAUUAGCACUUUGGUAAAACCUGAAAAACAUAGUUUAACAUAAAUUCUUUAACCACCAUUUGCGUGUAAAUCCGACCUUAUUCUAAAUCCCUAUUUCUAUUUUGGAAUUCUAAAAUAAACAGAUUGUUACAAACAUAAAUUCAUUAAAAAAACU